ACUCACUCAUCUUCCUUAGAGAAGCACACACACUCUCUCUCUUUACCAGAAUGGCUCCUACCUACAUCAGCGACUCUGCCAACACCAUGCUCUCUGCUAAAGACAAGCAUAAACUAAGGAAACCAGUUGUGGAGAAGAUGCGUAGAGACCGCAUCAACAUCUGUGUAGAGCAGCUCAAGACCCUGCUGGAGAGGGAGUUCCACAAACAGGACCCCAACACCAAGCUGGAGAAGGCUGACAUCCUGGAGAUGACGGUGGGGUUCCUGAAGCAGAAGCUGCAGCCUCAGAGCCCAGUCCCCCAGAGGGCCCACAGUGAGGGCUACUCCCAGUGCUGGAGAAAGACCCUGCACUUCCUGUCUUCCAGCUCCAUGAAGGACAUAAUGCUUCAGAACCUCCAGAGAGCUGGCCAGGACGUCUGCCCCUCCUCGCCACUCUCCUCCCAACAUCAACACCACAGCCAGGGCCCAGUGAAGCAGGCCACCAGUGGUCACAAAACAGUGUGGAGGCCCUGGUAGAACCACUACUUGGAGACUCUAUCUCAUAAACUGGAUGGGUGUUUACCAUCUUUCUUGUUGUAGGAAAUACAUUUCCAAAUGUUGUAUUGAAAUGAUAUUAUAUUCUUGUUAAAUAUGAAAUGAAUUCUACUGAUGUGAUUAUUAUUCUCUCUCAGAGAAGAAGCUGAAAAACAUAUUUGUAUCACUUUAUAAUGAAGAAUAUUUUUUAUAUUUGACAUGUGUAUGUUUACGCGUGUAUGCAUUUUGUGCUCACUUGAUGCACCAAUGUGUCCUUUAGUCCUUUCAUUUUCUUUGAAGAUGAUUUGUUAAGGUUAUAUAUUUACAUUUAUGGUUGCUUAGCCAACUGAAAUCUUGCGUUAACCAUAUUGUAUGUACUGCCCUAUUGAAGGGUAUUUACAAAUGCUUUGAAAUGCCUUUUGUAAAGGCUUUUUGGGACAUUGUUGUUCCACCAUAGGCACUGUUGUGCUGUGAAAUGUAUUGUUGACACUGUGUGUCUUUCAUUCUCAGUUGAUAAAGUGAACAUGCAUCCAAAAAGGAUUCCAAUGAAUGUUUUGGAAAGUAA